GCUACAGGACACUGAUCUCUCUGCUGCUUAACCUUUGCGCAGUCACGUGACUGAAACAGCAAAGACAAUCAUGAAAUUUGUGAAGCUUUUUGGACGCUUAAAGACAAACAUCAUUGGCAUGAUCCAUGUUGGAUCUUUACCUGGAACUCCAUUACACAGGUCUGCAGUUCCUGAGCUCCUGGAGGAGGCGUGUAGAGAAGCAGAACUUUACCAGCAGGGGGCAGUAGAUGGGUUGCUGAUUGAGAACAUGCACGAUGUGCCAUAUGUAUGUGACUCGGGGCCAGAGGUAUGUGCGGUGAUGACAGUUGUGUGUUCUGCAGUGAAGAAACUCUGUCCAGCUCUUCCAGUCGGUGUUCAGGUUCUAGCAGCCAAUAAUCAAACAGCCCUGGCCAUCGCCCUCGCCUCAGGACUGGAUUUUAUCCGAGCAGAAGGCUUUGUGUUCUCUCAUGUGGCUGAUGAAGGCCUGAUGAACGCAUGUGCUGGUGAACUGCUGCGAUAUCGUAAGCACAUCGGAGCAGAACACAUUCAGAUAUUUACUGACAUUAAGAAGAAGCACAGUGCUCAUGUGCUCACAGCUGAUGUGUGUGUUGUCGAGACGGCGAAGGCCGCUGAGUUUUUCCUCUCUGAUGGUGUGGUGGUCACUGGACCUUCAACUGGAGUUCAGGCAAAUCCUCAGGAGCUGAUCGAGGUGAUGCGCUCGGUCCAGAUCCCGGUUCUGAUCGGUUCUGGAGUGACUCAUGAGAAUGUGGACGAUUAUCUGCAGGCUGAUGCUCUGAUUGUCGGCUCACAUUUUAAAAACGGCGGCCGCUGGGAGAACAGCGUGGAUCCUGUUAGAGUGAAGAGCUUCAUGGAGAAAAUCCACAAACUGCGUAACUGACCACAGACUUCAUAUGAAAUCAUUUACACAUGAAGAAGAACAUCACUGUUUCAUAUCGAGUGCAUUGGAAUAACAUU